UCCUCUGGCUGCAGCCAUCAGGUGAGCCAAGAUGGGUGCAUACAAAUACAUCCAGGAGCUAUGGAGGAAAAAGCAGUCCGACGUGAUGCGUUUUCUUCUGAGGGUCCACUGCUGGCAAUACCGCCAGCUCUCUGCACUGCACAGGGCUCCACGCCCCACCCGGCCUGAUAAAGCGAGAAGACUGGGGUACAAGGCUAAGCAAGGCUAUGUCAUUUAUAGGAUUCGUGUCUGCCGUGGUGGUCGCAAACGCCCCGUUCCUAAGGGUGCAACUUAUGGCAAGCCUGUCCACCAUGGUGUUAACCAGCUGAAAUUUGCCCGAAGCCUUCAGUCUGUUGCUGAGGAGAGAGCUAGGAGCCAUUGUGGGGCUUUGAGAGUCCUGAAUUCCUACUGGUUUGGUGAAGAUUCCACAUAUAAAUUUUUUGAGGUUAUCCUCAUUGAUCCAUUCCAUAAAGCUAUCAGAAGAAAUCCUGACACCCAGUGGAUUAAACCAGUCCACAAGCACAGAGAGAUGCGUGGGCUGACAUCUGCUGGCCGAAAGAGCCGGGGCCUUGGAAAGGGCCACAAGUUCCCCCACACUAUUGGUGGUUCUCGCCGUGCAGCCUGGAGAAGGCGCAAUACUCUCUAGCUCCACCGUUACUGCUAAUACACAUGAUAUUUGUAAAAUUCAUAUCCAAUAAACAAUUUA